UUCUGAAUUUGUAGGAAGAAACGGUUUAUAUUUGAAAAAGUAAAGUUUAAAUCAUAACAUUCAUUCCAUACGGCACCUAAGAAAUUAGAAAGAAGAAAGACAAUGGAUGCAUAUUUGCCCAAAUUCUAGGUGUGCCAGACAUAGCAACAGCCAAACAUGUGUUAGAAGUGUCCAAAAGUGUGACAACAUAUUUUAAAGAAUUAAAUGGUGUAAGGAGAAAAGGUGAUAAUAAAGAGUCACUAACAGGAAUAAGUGAACAUUAAACAUGAUACAGGUAUGAUGUGGCUUCUUUCUGGAAACAUCUGGUAACUACAGUCAGUUUUAAACGGCACCUUCAGUUCAAAUAAAGGCCACUACACCUGUUGUGAAUGUGUGGCUGAAAACAAUCCAGUUUGGCUACAAUUAGUUUUAAAUAUGUGUAGCUGCAUUCAAAGAAGACUAACUGCCCUGAAGAUAAAAGGGAGUUUAACAUCUCAUUUAACACUGUUAUGACUGCUGAAGUUGUGAAGCACUUCUUUCCCAAGUUGGUGGAGCUACAUAACUACACAUCUGCACACUCCACUCAGCAGAAGCUGAGUAACUGGAUCACUCUGAACAGGAAGGUUUUCUCCAAACUAAAUUUCCAUGUACCAGAAGACACAGUGAAGAAGAUAGUGCUAAGCUCCCCAGGCAUCAUUGAGCCAGUGCUGUGGGCACUCAGAGAGAGAUUAGAGGACAAGCGAAAAGGAGGAGUUUCAAAUGGCAUAGAGGUUUUAGAAUACUACAGCACCAUAAAUGACAAAUCACACACAGAAAACCACCAGGUUAUCAUUGAGAAUUCACUGAAGACUGCAGCCCAUGUAAAAAACACACAGAAAUCCAGCGCUCUCUUGGUACCAGGUCCAAAUGUGGAUCCGGCCUUCCGCUUGCUUUUAGAGGAGAAGGAACAAGAUUUGUUGGCUUUGCAGGAGACUGUAAAGAUAUUACAGAUAAAGGUGAACAGGCUGGAGCAUCUGGUCCACCUGAAGGACUUGCGCAUAGAGGACCUGAUGAAGCACUUGGAGCGGUACAAGGCACGCACCAACAUUGUUUAAGGUAUUCAGGAGGAUUCAGGAACACAACAUUGUGAACUCAGCAUGAAAACAUACAAUGGCUGAGGAAUAAAAACGCCUUUUAUAACCUUAUUUCAAUUAUCUAAUAUUUAAAUAUUUACCAUCGACUAUGGCAGUUUAAUCUUAAUUUAGUGAUGCAUUUUCUUUCACAUUAAUUUUGACUGUAACUUGGUUUUGAUGCACAAGCAUAACCACACUGUACCUGGUUUGUUCUUAGAAUUCAGAUUGUUAGAGUUUUCUUAUAAUGAGAAUUUGUAGUUUUCUAUAAAAAAAAAGAACUGUUGCUCAUAAAUUGUCAACUUUAUUGUACUACUUUAUUGUAUUCUCAGAUAUUUUACUUGAUAUGUAAUAAUGCUUAGCACCAAAUUGAAAUA